CUCCUCUUGUAGGAUUACCGGCUCCGGUCUCCGCUGAUCACACACACACACUCUGAAGGACUGUGUAAGGGCUGUGUAUUGUGUAUCAGCUUGUGUGUGUGUUAGUUUGGACUACACACGUUAACUGGGAUGAUGUUUCUGGACUGUGCUGUUGUGUUGCUCGGUGUGCUGCUGACGGCGUUCUGUCGGCCCACGGUGGAAGCCCUCGCGAGCUCGUCGCCGCCGGACCCGUGUUACGAGGAAAACGGACAGGCGCGCCGCUGCAUCCCGGAUUUCGUGAACGCUGCGUUCGGCCGGGAAGUGCGCGCUUCCAGCACGUGUGGCCAGAAGACACCGAGCCGCUACUGCUUGGGGACGGAGAGAGGCGGUGGAGAGAGGAGCCUCGAGUGCCGCGUGUGUGACGCGUCUGACCCCAAAAAGCGCCAUCCGGUUUCGCACCUCACCGACCUGCACAACCCACACAACCUUACGUGCUGGCAGUCGGAGAACGGCAUACGGUACCCGCAGAACGUGACGCUGACGCUGUCUCUAGGUAAGAAGUUCGAGGUGACGUACGUGAGCGCGCAGUUCUGUUCGUUGCGUCCGGACUCGAUGGCCAUCUUCAAGUCAAUGGACUACGGCAAGACGUGGGUUCCGUUCCAGUAUUACUCGAGCCAGUGCCGGAAAGUGUACAACAAACCGAACCGGGCCGUCAUUACUAAGCAGAACGAGCAGGAGGCCGUGUGCACGGACGCGCACCAGCAGCAGCAGCCGCACCAGCAGCAGCCGGUCUCGGGCGGCCUCGUGGCCUUCAGCACGCUGGACGGACGGCCGUCUGCUCACGACUUCGACAGCUCACCAGUGCUUCAGGACUGGGUCACGGCCACGGACAUCCGCAUCACGUUCAGCCGCUUGUACGGUGAGGAACGCAAGACCGAAGCAGAGGACGAGGAUGAGUCGCACUUCUAUGCCGUGUCGGACCUGCAGGUGGGCGGCCGGUGUAAGUGUAACGGGCACGCCUCGCGCUGUGUGCGCGACCGCACCGGAGAGCUGGUGUGCGAGUGCAAACACAACACGGCGGGACCCGAGUGCGACAGGUGCAAACCGUUCCACUACGACCGACCUUGGCAGCGCGCGACGGCGAGAGAAGCCAACGAGUGUGUCGUGUGUAACUGUAACCUCCACGCUCGGCGCUGCAGGUUUAAUAUGGAGCUGUAUAAGCUGUCGGGGAGGAAGAGUGGAGGCGUCUGUCUGAACUGUCGCCACAACACGGCCGGACGCCACUGUCACUACUGUAAAGAGGGUUACUACAGAGACAUGAGCAAACCCAUCACUCACAGGAAGGCCUGCAAAGCGUGUGAUUGCCAUCCUGUUGGUGCUGCGGGAAAAACAUGUAACCAAACAACAGGCCAGUGUCCUUGUAAAGACGGUGUGACGGGUAUCACGUGUAACCGCUGCGCUAAAGGCUACCAGCAGAGCCGCUCACCCAUCGCACCCUGCAUCAAGAUUCCAUCUGCACCACCAACGACCACAGCGAGCGUCACAGAGCAGCCUGCAGACUGUGACUCCUACUGCAAGGCAUCCAAAGGGAAGCUGAAGAUCAACAUGAAAAAGUACUGCAAGAAAGAUUACGCGGUUCAGGUCCACAUCCUGAAAUCGGACAAGGCGGGCGAGUGGUGGAAAUUUACUGUGAACAUCGUGUCUGUGUACAAGCAGAGCGAGAGCCGCAUCCGACGAGGAGACCAGCUGCUGUGGGUCCGAGCCAAAGACGUAGCCUGCAAAUGUCCCAAAAUAAAAACAGGGAAGAAAUACCUGCUGCUGGGGAACAACGAGGACGCGCCGGGGCAGAGCGGCAUGGUGGCUGAUAAAGGAAGUCUGGUCAUCCAGUGGAGGGACACAUGGGCUCGCAGACUGCGCAAGUUCCAGCAGAGAGAAAAAAAAGGCAAAUGCAAGAAGCCUUAAAGAGAUAAACAUGGAGUAAGGCUGAGUCAGAGACAGACGAUCUGAACUAAAAUAUUCACACAGAUCUGAUGCAGUGCAGAGGGGGGGGAGGGGGUGGGGAAGAGAGAGAGUAUGAACUGCCGCUCGAAACAGAGACGUUUCAUUAAACAGGAAGUUCACGCCUGUCAUGAAGGAACUCACCUCACUGUUAUAUCUUAUUCACAUCCUUCAGAGCUUCGCUUCAGGUGGACCUGCGGUGUGUCUCUGUGAAACAUCAUCAACACUCUCCACAAAUCAGAAUCACGAGUAACUAUCACGAGUGCUCAGUAACCCACAGACACUCCAUUCAUCACCACCCGUUUAUCAUCACUUCAUCCAGCAGCAUCAUCAUCCUCAUCCUCUCUAAAAGAUGCUUGUGUUUAUGUUGUACAUUUUUAAUCCAGCACACGGUAUAUAAAAUAAAGUCUUUUUUUUUCUGUUUAAAACCAGCCCCUAUUAACACCUGUGGAUUUAAUCUAAUUAAUAUGUGUUUAAUUAAUAUACACACACACGCACGCACACACACGCACACACGCGCACGCACACACGCGCACAUACACCCACACACACAUUCAGAACUCUUUAAUGAAUUUUAUUUAAUGAAAUGUUCGAAUCUGAAAAACGGCUCUUUAUUAAUUUACUAAAUCUAUAAGUAAAAGAGAUGUGUGUGUGUCUGUGUGUGUCUGUUUGUGUGUGUCUGUGUGUGUCUGUUUGUGUGUCUGUGUGUGUGUCUGUUUGUGUGUGUGUCUGUUUGUGUGU